AUUAAAAGCCCGUUGCCACCUUCUCCCUCUGUAAAACCCACCUUCUCAAUCUCUUUUCCUUGCAUUCUACCCUCUCCCAAAUGUCUCAAGUCUUCUCAAAAUCCCCCAAACACUGCGCCGAACGACGACGUUUCACCAUUUCCAAAUACCACAAGAAACUCUUCUUCGCUUUCUCUUCCUUCUUGACCCUCCUUUUAGCCGUCAUCUUCCUCAUCUGGUUAACCCUUCACCCUUCCAAACCACAGUUCUCUCUCACUCAAGCGGAUAUCUAUCAACUCAGCUUAACUCGCCCUUCCCUUCUUAACUCAUCCAUCCAACUCACUUUCCUCUCUAAAAACCCAAACAAAAGAGUCGCCAUUUACUACGACCAGUUACAAGCUUACGCUUCAUAUAAAGGUCAACAAAUAACUGUUGAUACCUCUCUUCCUCCGUUUUAUCAAGACCAUGAAGAAGCCAACUUGUUGACUGCGUUUUUACAAGGAACGGCCUUGCCGGUGGCUCCGUCUUUUGGAUACGAAGUUGGACGUGAUCAGAUCGCUGGUAAGAUAGUUUUGAGCUUGAAAGUUAAUGGGAAACUCCGGUGGAAAGUCGGGAGUUGGGUUUCCGGCCGUUACCGAUUCAACGUUAACUGUGUGUCUAUUAUAGCGUUUGGACCUAAUACUGUCCCAACGAGUCCAUUGAGUUCAAAUCGAGGGACUCAGUGUUCCACUACCGUGUGAGAUAAUACGUUAUGUAAAUAUAUAUAGAUAGAUAGAUAUGUUUUCCCCUAUGGAUUUUUCUUCACUUCUUUUAAGGAUUGCAAUAUUGUAAUGUGAUAUAUUCAAAGAAAAAAGCUUUGUUUAGAA